AUGGCGAACGCCGACGACAUGCUUUCCUUCUCCACUCUCACUUCAGGCGAGGAAGAGGAAGUCAACUCAGCUCUGAGACAACCGGUGUCCGGAACUAGCAGUGUCGUGGAUAACAGCGGCGUUUGGCGGCGGGUUAAUAUCCUAGAGAGAUCAGGCCUGGCGUCGAAGUCAGUCGAAGAAUUGGUCCGAGAAAGCGACGGUGCGUGGAGGAGGGUUGUCGUGACGGGGCAUUCCAAGCCGACGGCGGCAGAGAGUGCGAGCUCUGAGGCAACGGUACAAGGCGGUGGCGGGAAUCGGGAAGUAAAGAAGAAGACCAUUAGGAUUAGAAGGGCAGUAUGA